AUGUCGUCCAAAAGCAGCUUGGCUCAGGCUCGACGCACAGUGCAGCAGCUCCGGAUCGAGGCCAGGAUCGACCGAAUAAAGGUUUCCAAAGCGUCGUCUGACCUCAUGCGUUACUGCAGUGAACACGCCAAAUAUGACGCUCUGCUCAUGGGGGUCCCCGCUUCAGAGAACCCCUUCAAAGACAAGAAACCCUGCAUCCUCCUAUAG